GCGGUGGUGGGGAAGGGAAGAAACUUCAUAAGCACCUUACAAGAAAACGAAAGCAGGUCUUCUUUGUGUCGUGAAUUGAAUGCGACCACAAGGCCACCCCUUUUCUCUUUCUCUCUCUUCUUCUUCUGCUGCCUCUGCCUCUCUCUCUCUCUCUCUCUCUCUCUCUCUCUCUCACCACUACUUCUUCCUAGGGAGGACUAUUGGACUAAAGAUUCCCUCUUUUGUAUGCUACAAAUAUGAGAAUGCUUCAUGGGAUAUCUUGCAACUUAUUCUACCACCCUUGUGAUUUUUUCCAUCCCAAGUUCGUGUUGAUUUGAUUGCAAGCCUUCACAAAACUUCAGCUUGAAAAAGAUACACCCAAAGUGGGCUUUUAAAUCCUUCUUUGGCCUUCUGAACAAUACAUCCCCUGCCAAGAAAUAAGCUUGCUUUUUAUUUUUGGUUAUAGAGCAAUUACUGCUUGCACAAAGGGGGAAUCUAGAAUUGCAGGAACAGAUUUCUCUAUGGGAGAAGCCCCAGCAUUCAUUGUUGAUGAGCUGCAGAAGGGAUAUGGAAAUGGAUUUGAUAUAAAAUCCAAAGGCGGUGAAACAGCCAUUCUCAUGGGCAACAGAACUUAUGUGAUUGGUGGAGCCUGUGAGGAAUCGCCAUUGUCAAUUGGAGUUCAGAUUUUUGACCAAUCUACUGGUGAAUGGAUAUAUCCUACUGUGUUGGGAACAAAACCCAAAACCUGUAAGGGCCUUUCAGCAGUGCUUUUAAGUGAAGACCGAAUAUUGAUUACUAAGAAUGGUUCCACCCCAGACGAUUUUGCUUGGUUCCUUGAGGUGGACACCCAAUAUGUGAGGCAGCAGAAGAAAAUUUUGGGCACUGACGUGGUUGCCUGGAGUAAGGGUGUGAGGGGCUAUGCUGAGAAGCCAAUUGUUAUUAGUGGUCCUUCUGGGGUAGGUAAGGGGACACUAAUAUCCAUGCUCAUGAAAGAAUAUCCCUCCAUGUUUGGGUUCUCUGUGAGCCACACAACCCGUGCUCCUAGAGCUAUGGAGAAGGAUGGGGUCCAUUACCAUUUCAUUGAGCGAAGUGCCAUGGAGAAAGAGAUAGAAGAUGGGAAGUUCCUUGAGUUUGCUUCUGUGCAUGGAAAUCUCUAUGGAACUAGUGUUGAAGCAGUAGAAGUGGUAGCAGAUGAUGGGAAGAGAUGCAUUCUUGACAUUGAUGUUCAAGGUGCAAGAUCCGUGAGGGCUAGUUCACUGGAAGCUAUCUUCAUCUUUGUAUGUCCACCCUCAAUGGCGGAGCUUGAGAACCGCCUUCGUGCAAGGGGAACUGAGACAGAGGAACAGGUCCUAAAGCGACUUAAAAAUGCCAAGGCUGAGAUUGAGCAAGGGCAAUCGUCAGGCAUCUUUCAUCAUAUGCUGUAUAAUGAUAACCUGGAAGAGUGUUACAAGAGUCUUAAGAAACUCUUGGGGCUAGAUGGAACUGUCACUGCUCCUCCUAAAUCAUCUCCUAAAGUGGUUGAUCUGCCUAUGGACCAUUCAGUAGCCAAAAUUGAUCACAGAAUCAUCAUAAACUCUAAAACUCCGGAACUGGGAAAAGCAUCUACGAACAUGAUUGUGCUGGAUGUGUCAUCCCUCAAAGGAGGGGCCCCUGGACGGACUAGAGGGCUAGACAUUUAUACCAUGGACUCAUUUUUGGAUGGUUUGGCUUGUAUCAAUCACUGAGCCAAAUAUUUCAACCCAGAUAGCGACCGACUUCUUUGAUUUCUUUAUUCGUAUUUUCAAAUCUUUCUCAAUUUUAGUCUUAAAGAAAAAGUGGUGAUGAAGCUUCAUAUAUGAUUGUGUCAGAUCAUCGCAUAGAUUGGAUUUUUUUUUUCCCCAUUCUUUGCUUGUUUAGAACAGAGAUGACUUUAGACUUGGAGCAAUGUUGAACAAUUACAAUGACCCCACAUGGGCAAAUGAGAGCUGAUUUAUGGUUUUGUUCGGCAAA